AUGGAGUUCGGGGGAAUUCAGCCGCCUGUUAUGCAUUGGGAGGACAGCAACCUGCCGGAAGCUUGGGAAAAAUUUCAACGACACGCAGAACUAGUAUUUUCUGGCCCAUUAAAGGGCAAAACUGAAGAAGAGCAGAUAUCCUACCUACUUUUGUGGGUUGGAGAGAAAGGCAGGGACAUGCAUUGUACAUGUAACUUUCCCGCUUUACCCCUGUUGAGUCUCAAAUCAUCCAUUGAUCUUGGCCUCAUACAGCUGACUUACGCUGUAACCGACGACGUUACAGGACUAAGUAAAGAGGAGGUAAUGACAAAUUACGGAGACUUAUUUACAGGAAUCGGUAUUAUCCCAGGGACGGCUAAGUUGCAUUUAAAAGAGGGUGCAGUGCCCGUGGUCAACCCACCUAGAAGGGUCCCAGAAGCCCAUAAAGCACGUCUAUAUGAUGAGCUUAAACGCAUGGAAGACAAUAAAAUAAUCUCUAAGGUUGACAUACCGACAGAUUGGGUUAAUUCCCUAGUAGUGGUCGAAAAACCCAAAACUGGUAAAUUACGAGUUUGUCUUGACCUUAAGGCUCUGAAUGAGGCUAUAAGAAGACAACACUACCCAAUGCAGACAUUAGAUGAUGUCACAUUACAGCUUGUUGGGUGUGAAUAUUUCAGUCUUCUCGACAUAACACAUGCCUGUUGGAGUAUAAAACUAGAUGACGAAUCUUCGUAUCUGACGACGUUCAGUACUCCCUUCGGCAGGUACCGCUACUUGAGAUUGCCUUUUGGGAUAUCAUCAGGUCAGGACAUCUUUGUCAAAAAGGUCAAUGAGAUAUUUGAAGGAUUGCCAGGCAUUGCCGCAGUCGUUGAUGACAUAUUGAUUUAUGGAAAAACACGCAAGGACCACGACAGAAAUUUAAGAGCCGUGCUAGAACUCGCACGUGCUAAGUGUAUUAGGUUCAAUCCUGAUAAAUGA